GGCGAGUCGAAGAGCGCGAAACAGUUUCUCUCGGAAGGGCGAACACCUCGUAGUCGGAGUGGUAGGCAGAACUCGACGAUGGCCGGCGGCGGGAAAUCGAAGAAGGCCAACAACACCGGCGCCGACUCCAUGGGCAAGAGGAGGAAGCAGUACCUCCCUCACAAUAAACCGGUGAAGAAGAAGGGGUAUCCGCUGCGUCCGGGAGUUCAGGGAUUCUUCAUCACCUGCGACGGUGGCCGAGAGCGCCAAGCGGCUCGUGAAGCCAUCAAUGUCGUCGACUCGUUUUAUGAAGAGCUAGUCCAUGGAGACGACGCAGAGAGAAAAUCUGCAGAACUGUCAGCUCAGCCCGCAAAUAAGAAAAUCAAGUUCACCUAUUCCGAAUCUUCUAGUGGCGAAGAUGAUGAGGAGGACAGCAGCGAACAGGAGGAUGGGGAUGAGGAAGAUGGUGAGGAGGGAAAAGAAGAAGAAAGCAAGUCUGGUGCUUGCCCGGAAAAGGAUGCUGAUUCUGAAAGUCUGAAAAAUGAAGCGACAGAUGCCCAGAAGAAAGAUGAAGCAAAAGGUCGGGAACAAGCGGAAGAGGCAGCUGCCGAUGUUGAUAAGAAUGGCAAAGUUUCCGAGGACCGAUCGAAUGAAGCUGGGGAGCCCCCAGCGAAGAAACAGUGCCUUGAGAAGGACUCGUCGAAGGCUGCAGUUGCUGAUAGAAAAGAGGAGAAGUCCGUGGAUAAGCUGAUUGAAGCUGAACUUGAAGAACUUGCUGACAAGAACAAGAGGCGUUUUGUCAGUCUUGAUUCGGGCUGUAAUGGCGUUGUAUUUGUCCAAAUGCGGAGGCGUGGUGGAGAUCCUGGGCCUAGAGAAAUCGUGCAACGCAUGAUGACUACUGCAGCCUCCACUAGAAAACACAUGUCAAGGUUUAUCCUAAGAGUGUUACCAAUUGAAGUAUCAUGCUAUGCUUCAGAAGAGGAAAUCUCGAGAGCGAUCAAGCCCCUCGUGGAGCAAUAUUUUCCCAUCGAAGCUGAAAACCCACAAAAGUUUGCAGUGUUAUAUGAUGCACGAGCAAAUAGCGGUAUUGACAGGAUGAAGAUCAUAAACUCGGUCGCAAAAUCCAUCCCAGGACCUCACAAAGUUGAUCUUAACAAGCCCGACAAGUCCAUUGUCGUUCAAAUUGUCAAGACAGUGUGCUUGAUUGGGGUUGUCGAGAAGUACAAGGAAUUGGCCAAGUUCAACCUCAGGCAGCUCACAUCACCUAAGUCCUAGUUGGCCUCCAUCAUUAUGCAUAAGUUGCUGUACUUUUCCCUUUUCAAUGUCAUAAUAAAUUAUAUUCCGUUCGUGUUACUAGAGAAAGAGUAUAAAUUUACGCCAGAGCUUCUUUGAGUCCC